GCUGCGGGGAGACCGGGUGGAAGCGGCGGCGGCGGCGGGAGGCAGGCGGGCGGGCUGUCUGUCUGUCUCUUCCUUGGGGCGCGGAGGCUGCUCAGGUUCGCUCGGCUCCAGCCAUGGCCGGGUCGGAGCUGGACGGCAGCGAGACGGGCGAGGAGGGCCCGCUGCCCUUCGAGGACGCGGAGCUGGCCCUGGCCGGCAUCAAUAUGCUGCUCAACAACGGGUUCCGGGAGUCGGACCAGCUCUUCAGGAAGUACAGAAACCAUAGCCCAUUAAUGAGUUUUGGAGCCAGCUUUGUUAGUUUUUUGAAUGCCAUGAUGACCUUUGAAGAAGAAAAAAUGCAGUUGGCAUGCGAUGACUUGAAAGCAACGGAGAAACUGUGCGAGAGUGAAGAAGCAGGCGUUAUAGAAACGAUAAAAAAUAAAAUUAAGAAGAAUGUUGAUGGCCGAAAGGCUGCCCCAUCCAUGAUUGAUCGAUUGCAGAGGCAGAUCAUUGUAGCGGACUGUCAGGUUUACCUUGCUGUCCUCUGCUUUGUAAAACAAGAAUUGUCAGCAUAUAUAAAAGGUGGGUGGAUCCUUAGAAAAGCUUGGAAAAUCUACAAUAAGUGCUAUACAGAUAUUAAUACACUUCAGGAAUUAUAUCAAAAGAAGAUAACUCGAGAUUCCUUGACUUCUGAUGCUGCAAACGAUAAUCAUAUUACUGCAGAAGGUGUAACGGAGGAUUCGCUAAACAGACUGAAAGGUGCUGUUAGCUUUGGAUAUGGACUUUUCCAUCUUUGCAUAUCCAUGGUGCCCCCAAACCUGCUCAAAAUCAUCAACCUGCUGGGUUUUCCUGGAGACCGACUGCAGGGGCUUUCUUCCCUGGUGUAUGCAAGUGAAAGUAAGGACAUGAAGGCCCCUUUAGCUACACUAGCCUUGCUCUGGUACCACACAGUGGUGCGUCCCUUUUUCGCUUUGGAUGGCAGUGAUACCAAAGCAGGAUUGCAAGAGGCAAAAGAGAUCCUUCAGAGAAAAGAAGCUGCUUAUCCAAACUCAUCUCUCUUUAUGUUCUUUAAGGGAAGGAUACAGCGUUUAGAGUGUCAGAUCAACAGUGCCUUGACAUCCUUUCAUACUGCUUUGGAACUUGCAACUGAUCAGAGAGAGAUUCAGCAUGUCUGCCUAUAUGAAAUUGGAUGGUGCAGCAUGAUUGAAAUGAAUUUCAAGGAUGCCUUUGAAUCCUUCGAGCGUCUGAAAAAUGAAUCAAGAUGGUCUCAGUGCUACUAUGCCUAUUUAACAGCAGUGUGUCAAGGUGCCACUGGUGACGUGAAUGGUGCACAGAGUGUUUUCAAGGAAGUUCAGAAGCUCUUUAAAAGAAAAAACAAUCAGAUUGAGCAGUUUUCAGUCAAAAAGGCGGAUCGAUUUAGGAAGCAAAAACCAACCAAACAGCUCUGUAUAUUAGCAUCCAUUGAAGUAUUGUAUUUAUGGAAAGCUCUUCCAAACUGUUCCUUCACCAACUUACAGCACAUGAGUCAAGCUUGCCACGAAGUCGAUGAUUCUGCUGUUGUUGGUUUGAAGAAUCUGCUGCUUGGUGCCAUUCAUAAAUGCUUAGGAAAUGCCGAAGAUGCUGUUCAGUUCUUUCAACAAGCCCUUAGAGAUGACUUGUGCCGCCAAAACAACCUGUAUAUCCAGCCAUAUGCUUGCUAUGAACUUGGCUGUCUUUUGUUAGAAAAUCCUCAGACUGUCCCAAGAGGCAAAACCUUACUCUUUCAGGCAAAGGAGGAGUUCACAGGGUAUGAUUUUGAGAACAGGUUACACGUCCGCAUACACGCAGCUUUGGCCUCUCUAAAAGAAGUGGUCCCUCAGUGAAGCCUCACCUCUUCCCUUCUGAACAACUCCUGAACUCUCUGUUACGAGGGAGGUCCACUUUUCUCCUGGAAAACCACCUGUGCCAGGGAGGACUUGUAGAACUGGUGGCAGAAGAAUGUUCCAGUCUCACUGAUUAAGGACAAAAUUAACCAAAAAGGUUACGUGACUAAAUUCAGGCGCAACUUCUCCUGUGCAAACCCUAGUUUUAAAAGUGGGAGCUAGAAGUCAGCCCCUACUGGAUGGUGGGGUUCGUGCUGGAGAACUAGCCCCAGAGUUAAAAAACCUUAUAUUCUAGUGCUGGUGAACCUGGGGGUGGGGUGGGGGUGGUAUUGGGGUGUAUGUUAAUGUUUAGUUUGGUUUCUAAGCCAAGCUGAACAUAUUAGCCUGUGAUUGUACAAAUUGAGCCUAUAAUAAGCACACUUUGAUUUCCUACUAAAAUACUGUGGCAGUUUUCACAAGUAGGAUUUUUUUUUCUGUUUCUGAAUAUUUUUUCUUUUUAUAGUAAAGGAACCACGUUUUCAUUAAACAGUUCUAUAUAGUUGUUUCGAACUGUACAUAGGCAGAAAUGAUAUAUAAUUUUUUGCUCAGAAUCCAGCAAGAAUCUAGCUGGUAAAAACGAUGCCCAGCACAGUCACAGCACAACAGACCUAUUUAUUUGAGUUUUUGUACAGGUAUCUGUGAAUAACAAAACCUGCCUCCAUAUUCAUGUUAAAUUUAGAAAUAUUCUUCUAUUUUUCAGCCAAAUGUUUAUUUUUAAAGUCCUUAUUUACUGUGUUAGGCACGUUUAUAUCCGUUUAAAAUCGUACUGUGGCCUAUUAGCCUUGCUUUUACAAGGUGUUUACAAAUUAUCAUUCAUGUUGCUAAAAUUUAGGUUGAAUAUAAGACAACUUGCCAUGUGGUAUUCUAAAUCUUCGGUGUUGCUAUAACCUUCCUCCAUCUUUGAAGCUUUUCAGGUAUCAUAGCAGUGUAGAAUUACUUUUCACACAUCAUUUUAAUGAGUUUUUUAAAAAGCACAUGUGGGUCUCGGGUUUUGUUUUUGGAAUAGCAUUUUUUCCUAAAUGCUUCAGAGUUGUGUAAUUCUGCAAAGCAGGAGUAGUGCACUUUUUCCUUCUAAAAGCCUUAUCUAUUUACAUUUUGAAUCUGGUGUGUGUGUUUUACUUGCAUUGACCAGCUCCAUUAUGCUAAUGGCGCAUAGAGUUAGAAAUCCAUUUUUUCCCUGAUUCAGAGCUCUCUGGUUAUUUCUGGUGAUCAUGUUGAACACUGUGCAAGAAAGAGUUACUUACUCACCUCCACAACUGAGUGAUUAUUUAUAUGGUGUACCAAAUAUAACUCGUAUUCCAGUGUGAAUAGGUCCAUUCCUUGGACUGUUAGUUAUAUGUUGUUGUUGCUAGAUCAAAUUGCUUCCUUUAUCUGGUCACUAAAAAAAAAAUCACUUCAUUCCAGCAAUUAAAUUUGCUGCUUUUUGGAGGAAAACAGUAUAUUAGGAGCUAUAUUGCUGCUUUAAUUUUAUAGUAACACUGAAUGUUGUGGGGACAUUUCUUCAACCCUCAUUUUCUUUCUUUGGAGACCAUAUUUUUAAGAUGGCAAGUUAUUUUAUGAUUUGCUGAUUUUGUCAUGAUGUAGCCAUACACUGCAUGAGUAUGUAUGUCUUAAUAUUGCAGUAUUUAAGGUCUGUUUUUUUCUGGAUUUAGAAUUCAAUGUUUUCUUGAGAUACUUGCAAUAGAUUUUCACACUGUUCAGUAUCGGAGUUGUGAGAGAUGAACAGGACAAGAAACUAACAACAGCAGUGCUAGAGUCAGCGCUUGCAGUGACAGAAGGAUUGUUUCCAUCCUGGUUUCCACUCACAAAGAACAAUAGAUAUAGAAAACAGAAGUAGUACUGCCUUUGAAUAUAUAUGGCAUACAAGUACUGAGCGCAGAAAACACGAGGAACCAUCUUGGAUCUGAACAUAAUGGGAAAUACUCCUUGGAGAAAGUAUGAGAGAGAGACAAAUGAAAUGUACCUAUGUGAAGUAGUGUUGAUCACUAAUUGUGAUUUAUAACUAGAUAUAAUGUAUUUAAUUUAUCUUUCACAUUCCUUCGUUGGUCUGAGCAGGUUUACCCUACCUGCAUUUUUUUUUCUUCACAAGACACAAUUUACAAAAGUUAAAACUAAACUCCAUUUGAAGCAAGCUUUGUUAAGACAGUGGUUCUCAACUUGUGGGUGCCCAAGUGUUUUGGCCUACAACUGCCAGAAAAAUCCCAGCCAGUUUACCAGCUGUUAGGAUUUCUGGGAGUUGAAGGCCAAAACAUCUGAAGACCCACAGGUUGAGAACCACUGUGUUAAGAGUAUUUGCACCAACUUAACUGAUUUGUCACAAGUCAUAGCUAUUCAAAGUUACAAACCCUUGAACCUUCUCAAAAGUAACCGUAUGAGGGAUCAACCUGUGACUACAUGAUCAUGAGUGUGUUCCUAUCACCAGAUCUUUCCAGAGGUGCCCUUGUCUGUCCUGUGAGCGAAAUGCCCUUGCCUUGUAUAAUGAGAGUGGCUUAGUGCCGCCAACUGGUGCCACAUGGAUUUGAAUUAUCUUCCCCACUUCCAUCCUCUCAUGCACACCUUAGAGAAGAAACCGCUAGCCUGUAAAUGUCAAAAGGUAUUUUUAUAUUAGAUUAUGCCGGUGAUGAGUACUGUAUUUUAUGUAACUGGAAUAUGUUUUUUAUACUUUAUAGCUCGGAGGCAUGGUCUAAUAGCAAUAAUGAAGUAAGCAUUCUCCUUGUUAAUAUAUAUAUAAAAUAUAAGAAAUUUACCAGGUCAGGUAUAUUUGUUGUUGUUGAUACCUUUUUUAUUGCAUUAGACCUUUCAGUGAAUAAUUUGGAUUUUUACAUGCCACUUUAGACAAUUUACUGUGACGUGCUGUACAUGUUUAUUCAUUUACCUGUAAAAAAAUAUUUCUGCUUAGUAAAACAAAGAGCAAGA